UGUCCAUUGUCUUCAACUGCUGCAGGGAAAACGUGGUGGAAUGUGCUCCCCUAAAUCCAACCCAGCCAGUAGUGUUUGACCCUCAAGGGUUUCUGCAUAUAUACAGGUUGGGUAGAGUCUCUGAGAAGUAAAGAAUGGAGCAGAGCAGGCAAACUUUGAUGCAAUUGUGAGUUUCAGAGGUAUGUUUUGACUUCUAAUUGUGAGUUUCAAAGAUUCUGAAUGUCAUGACCAUCAGGUAUCUGAAAAUGGUUUUCUAGCUGAUUUGCCAUUGCCAGAACAUGAAAAGCCGAGGUUCAUAGAAAGCAUGGCACAGAUGCAUUCUAUGUGGAUAUCAGUGAAGAAAAAUAUCAACUGUAAAUGCAGGUUGACAGAUGUAAUUUGCCACCUACCACAACCAGCUAAUUGCAAAGGCAGCCACUUUCACAAGUCGGAAACUGGGCUCACUCCGCUCACUCCUCAACGAAUCUUGUGUGCCAAGCAAUAUCUUAUAUCUACUAUGCAGAAGCAAAAACGGUUUCAUGAACUGGAGGCUGGAAACCCAUCGAGGAACAUAAUUGAGAUGAUCUUUCGAGCUGCUUCUAAAAAUCCAUCAAAGCAUCCCCGGUUAAUAAAGAGAGUCAUAAGAGUGAAGAACACAAUAGAUGUCUUGGAUAGAUUUGAGAAGUACAGAGAGGCGGUGAAGAGCAGGUCCUGUGAGAUGUGUAAGAGUCACCCAAGAAGCAUGGUGGAUGGAAACGAAUUAAUGCAAUUCUAUGGCACAACAAUGACCUGCUGUAACAACAAAGAGAGGACAAAAAUAUCUGACCUUUGCAAAGACCCCAAUUGCCGUGUUUGUAGGCUAAUUCAAACCGGUUUCAACACUUCAUACAACAACAAAAAUGGGAUCCGGCUCAGUACAAACAGCGAUACCCUUAGUGAGGAUACAACCGUAAUCUCUAACAGGAAAAAAGCCAAGAGGGCAGUGAUAGUUUGCCGCACCAUUGCUGGCAUAGUAGAGAAGGAUCAAGACUUGCUCGAAGAAGAGCACGAUUCAGUUGGAAAUGGAGUGGAUACAAAGCUAGAAUAUUUAACUGUAAAAGACCCUAGUGCUGUACUCCCGUGUUUUGUUAUAGUUUUCUGCUGACUAUCCUUGUAUAACCAUCCAAACCUUUCUUGUGUCGCUAAACAGUAUCUACAAAAUUCAUGUGUGUGCCGCAUUUAUACUUGCUACUACACUUAGACUAGAAAA